AUGGCUUUCUCCUCUUCGCUCCUGGGCCUUCUUUUCCCACCUCUCUCCUCCUCUUUCCUCCUCCCCUCUCUCCUCAUCCCCUUUCCUUCCUGCUCCUCUCUUCACUCACCUCCUCCUCCUCUCUCCCCUUCCCCUCCCCUCUCCACUCCUCUCCUCUCAUCCCCUCUCCUUCCUCCUCCUCCUCUCUUCACUCAUCUCCUCUCUCCUCUCCCCUCCUCUUUCCUCCUCCCCUCUCCAAUCCUCUCCUUCUCUUUCCUCCUCCCAUCUCUUUCUUUUUCCCCUCGCCUCCUCUCCUCUCCUCUUCUUUCCUCCUCCCCUCUCCUUCUCUCUCCUCCUUCCACCUCCCCUCUCCUUCUCUCUCCUCCUUCCACCUCCCCUCUCCUUCUCUCUCCUCCUUCCACCUCCCCUCUCCUUCUCUCUCCUCCUUCCACCUCCCCUCUCCUUCUCUCUCCUCUUUCCACCUCCCCUCUCCUCUCUCUCUCCUCCUCCUCCUCCUCCCUCUCCUUCUCUCUCCUCCUUCCACCUCCUCUCCUUCUCUCCUCCUCCUUCCUCCUCCCCUCUCCUUCUCUCUCCUCCUUCCACCUCCUCUCCUUCUCUCUCCUCCUUCCACCUCCCCUCUCCUUCUCUCUCCUCCUUCCACCUCCCCUCUCCUUCUCUCUCCUCCUUCCACCUCCCCUCUCCUUCUCUCUCCUCCUUCCACCUCCCCUCUCCUCCCUCUCAUCUCUCAGCACAGCCUCCCUCUCCCUCGCUCCUGUCCCUCUGCACUCAUCACUUAUGUCUCUCUUUGCUGGUGCGGCCAUUGUUCUUCUGAAGCAUCUGUUCUGUCGCUCCCCCUCUCCUCUCUCCUCUUUCCCUCUCUCCUCCCCCUCUCCUCCUCCUCUCCUCCUCCUCUGA